ACGUUCGGGACGACCAGAACCCUUCCUAGAGCUGGCCGUCCGUCCAAAUUGAGCAAUUGGGGGAGAAGAGCCUUGGCGAGAGAGGUCAAGAAGAAACCAAAGAGGCUGUGGCUGAGCUCCAGAGAUGCAGUCGGGAGAUGGGCAAAAGUUCUAGAAAGUCAAGCAUCACUGCAGCCCUCCACCAGUCGGGCUUUAUGGCAGAGUGGCCCAACGGAAGCCUCUCCUCAGUGCAAGACACAUGAAAGCCCCCAUGGAGUUUGCUAAAAAACACCUAAAGGACUCCAAGAUGGAAGAUGUUCUACUGAAUGAAGGCCGGGAGGAGCGUGUGUGUGCGUGCGUGUGUGUGUGUGUGUGUGUGUGUGUGCGCCUGAGCAUGCGGCGGGCUCACACGGCGAGCUGAGCACGGCCAGGAAAGACCGGUGGCUGGGAGCGCCAUCAAGAAGAAGAAGAAGAAGAAGAAUGAAUGGGUGGCUGGAGCCAAGCGUCGUGGACGUUCGGAGCGUGAGUGGAGUGAACGACCAGAAAGUCUGAGGAAAUCGUGGCCAUGGCCGACGUGCUGGAGAGCGGCGGCGGCGGCGGCGUGGCGGCGUCCGGCGUGGAUUGGCAGAAGCGCUGCGUGGCUCUGGAGAUGCAGCUGCUGAGGUUCCGACUCCAAGCGGGAAAAAUCCGGGAGCUGCUGGCCGAAAAGUGGAGAGAGGAAGAGAGCGGAGGGGUCGGGCUGGGUUUCCAUGGUAACCUGGACGCCUUUGUCGCUCUGACGCAGAUGCAGGAGUUGGAGCAGCGGGUGAUCGAGGCCGACCGGCGUGCCGAGAGCGCGGAGAAACAGAUCCACGCCAUGGAGGAAAAGCUCAAGUCGGCAAACGUCCAAAGCAGCGAGUCUGAGAGCUUGUUGUACAGAAAGUACCAAGACCUGACUGUCCUGGUCCAAGAAAAAGACGCCACCAUCGAGAGAUUAGAGAUACAGCUGGAAAAACAGGUCUUAGUCAGAGCCCAUGAGGCUAAAAUAAUUGAAGAGAAGGCAGCCAAGAUUAAAGACUGGGUUACUGUAAAACUCCGAGAGAUGGAGCAAGAGAACCACCAGCUUAAACAGGCCAACUUGAAGCAGACGGAGCAGAUUGUGUUGCUACAGGACAAAUUGCAAGCUCUUUUAGAAAAACCGGCCCCCUGUCCCCCUGGAUCCCCCGGUAAGUCCCCCAGAGCAGAUGCCCACCUGGUACCUAAAAGUCCCCGGUUUCCUCCGAGCUGCCCCAAUACGCCGCCCUCCCCAGAUGACAGCAGGAGACCGGCGGUUGCCUGUGGAACUGCCAAGAACUCGCCAACGGAUUUGCAAAGAUCUCCGGAACCGACCCGCAAAGGUAUUUGCCAAGGUGGCCAUCUGACCCACAAUCCUCACUUGCAAGGCCAGAGUAGGGAGGACCUUGGACCAGAACCCCCAGACUGCUCCGAGGGUAGAGACAACUCCUCUGAUGAGCUGAACAGCAAGUUCCGCUUGCAAUGCCUUCACUCGUCCUCGUCAUCUUCGUCUUCUUCCUCAGCGUACGAGAUGGCCCAAGGACCCCCUAGCGCCCCGAAGUCUCCCCUUAGACUUGCGCCCAAAAGCCCGCUCUUGCCGCGCUCGCCCACGACCAACAGCCCCUUUCCCGAUCCCGUUCAGACGUCAGCCCCCCAAUCGGGCGCUAGCAUGACCUUACCCAAGAUCCGGAGUCCGCUCACCCCCAGGGACAGCAUCCAGCUGGUGAAGAAACACUUCAGCCAGCCCCAACCCAGCCUGGACCGACUCCACCAUCUGGUCAGCAUCGACAUCAUGACACCCUCGUCCACUUGCUCCACCCUCACCGCCAGCACGUUGCCCUUCUCCCCGCCGGUCGAGGAGACGGACAUCGACGACACUCUCCCGGACAGCAUGGACGGCGUGGUGGAAGGGUCUGGAUCGGGGGAGCCCGCCCAGCAGGACGAAGUCCCCUUUGCGGAUGUCGCGGAAGAACUGGAGAGACUGGAUCCUGACUCUCUGAAACCACCGACUCCUCCAUUACAUCGCUUCCCUUCAUGGGAGAGUCGAAUAUAUGCUGUGGCCAAGGCUGGAAUGAGAGUAUCUGAGGCGUCUCCUGGAACUAGGUGCCCCGGUCAAGGGUCCGUCUUGCCCCAGUGCCCGGCGGCCAGUCCGUUCGCGCAGUUAAUGUACAAGAACAUCAGUGUUCCGGUGUACACCACACUGAAAGGGAAAGCCACUCAGAUCAGCGCGGCGCCUCUGCGGGAUAACGACGACUCGGGUUCCGAAGACGACAGCGGCUCCCUGGCCAGCUUGCGGACCUCCGCGCUGAGUCCGGACAAGAGGGGUGGCGUCCCCGGCAGUCCCCGUGCUGUCAAGAGAGGCGUGUCCAUGUCGUCCGUUAGCUCGGAGAGCGACUACGCCAUCCCGCCUGACGCAUGCUCCCUGGACGGCGACUACUCGGAACCGGAACACAAAGUCCAGAGGACAUCGUCUUACUCCUGUGAGAGCAUCGGCCCUGAGACGCUGGAGAAGUGCGGCUACCUGCUGAAGAUGAGCAGUCACGUGAAGGCGUGGAAGCGUCGCUGGUUCAUCCUGAGGAACGGCGAGAUCCUCUACUACAAGUCUCCUAGCGACGUCAUCAGGAAACCUCAAGGUCAGGUUGAGCUCAACUCGUCUUGCCGAAUUGUGCGUGCAGAAGGAGCGCAGACCGUUCAAUUGAUUACGGAGAAGAAGACCUUCUACCUGGCGGCGGAUUCGCCCAACAUCCUGGAGGAGUGGAUCCGGGUCUUGCAGAACUUCCUGAAGGUUCAGGCCAGCGGCCCGGUCAGCGUGCAGCUUACCCGCGCCAAGCCCACUGUGACAGGCUGGCUCACGAAGGUCAAACAUGGACAUUCCAAGCUGGUGUGGUGCUGUUUGGUUGGAAAGGUCUUCUACUACUAUCGCAACCCGGAAGACAAGCUCCCCCUGGGCCAGCUGCAGCUGCGCUCGGCGUCCGUCCAGGAAGUGGACCGCUCGUGUGACUCGGACGAGGACUACGAGGCGGGCGUCCGCGGCGGCUUCCUGUCGUCGCACUGCACCCUGGCGGUCAAGCCCGGCGACCAGAGCCCAUCGUAUCUUCUCGUCCGCACCAAACAGGAAAAGGACGCGUGGCUGUACCACUUGUGCGUGGCGGCGGGAGGCGGCGCCAACCUGAAGGUGGGCACCGAGUGCGAGCAGCUCAUCGGCAAACUGCUAGACGCAGAUGGAGAUGCAGAAUGCAGCCUUUGGCAGAGCGACGCGUUGAGCUUCUCCAAGGAAGGUCUGCGCUCACCGCUCACCACGCUGCCCUCGGACGCUCUGCAGACAGAAGCUCUCAAACUCUUCAAGUCGUGCCAGCUGUUCAUCAACGUGCUGGUGGAGUCGCCUAGCGUGGACUACCACACGUCGCUGGCGCAGAACGCGCUGCAAGUGUGCCUGUCGCACCCGGAGCUGCACAACGAGAUGUACUGUCAGCUCAUCAAGCAGACCAACCGCCGCACGCCGCACAACUACUCCGCCACGCAGUGCUGGCAGCUGCUGUCGUUGUGUGUGGCUCUCUUCCUUCCCCAGCAGCACUUCCUCUGGUACCUCAGGCAGCACCUGCACCGAAACGCCGACCCCAGUAGCGACGUGGGCAAGUACGCGGUGUACUGCCAGCGCUCUAUGGAUCGAACGCUGCACAACGGCGAGCGGGAGGCCAAACCGUCGCGCAUGGAGAUCGUCUCCAUCCUGCUGAGAAACCCCUACCACCAUUCGCUGCCUUUCAGCAUCCCGGUGCACUUUAUGAAUAACACUUACCAGUGCAGUUGCCGCUCUUCACAGGUGGUGGGUUUUGACGGCUCCGCCACCGUGGAGGAGUUCCUCAACACGCUGAACCAGAGGAUAGGCAUGCGGAGUCCUCAGCUGUCCGGCUUUGCCCUCUUUACCGAUGACCCGUCUGGAAAAGACCUGGAGCACUGCUUGCUGCCCACCGCCAAGAUUUGCGAUGUUAUUUCCAAGUGGGAGCAGGCCCUCAAGGAGCUGCACCCGGGAAAGAACGAGGGCACGCGGAUCGUACGACUAACUUACAAGAAGAGGCUUUGCUUCCGCUCUCAGGUCAAAGGCGAGACGGAGCGCGAGCGUCUCCUGCUGGCCCACCAGGUGAAUGACAACGUGCAGCAGGGCCACUUCCCUGUCAACAAGGAGCUGGCGCUGGAGGUGGCCGCCCUCAUGGCGCAGGUGGAGCACGGCGAUCUGGAGCGAACAGCCUCCGCCAUCUCCCCUCAGCCCAAAUCUCAGCUGAUGCUCCUGCAGGCAUUGGAGCGCUUCUACCCCAAACGCUACAAGCACGACUGCGGCGCAGAGCAGCUCAGAGAGCUUUGCGAGCGUUUGGCGUCCAAGUGGUCCACGCUACGCAGCUGCAGCGCGGCCGAGUGUGUGAGAAUUUACUUGACGGUGGCGCGCAGGUGGCCCCUGUUCGGCGCCAAACUCUUCAGCGUCAAGGCCGUGCCACCCGCCCCGUACGAGCAGGGCCCGGCCUGGCUGGCGGUCAACGAGGACGGGCUGUACGUGCUGGACUACGCCAUGCAUACGCUGGCCUCGUACCCCUACCAGUCGGCGGUCACCUUCGGCGGCUGUUGCGACGACUUCAUGCUGGUCACCAGCCAGCAGAAGGAACCGGGCGGCGGGAAGACGAGCGUGGAGAAGCUGCUGUUCGCCAUGGCCAAACCAAAGAUCCUGGAGUUGACUCUGCUCAUGGCCAGCUACAUGAACCACUGGACGCCUCCCAGCAGCCCCAAGACACACUGGGACACGGACGCCCGCCACUUCCCCACCAUGAACUACACCACCGAGGUCCCCACACUACUCUGAGCACCAUAAAAGUGCCACGUUUAUUUUCGCUGUCUUCGUGAGCAUCCCUAAAAAAAUGUUAUAAGGUACAAUUGUGAGGUAAGCAGAUCCUAUUAGCUUAAACAAACUCACGACCCCUUUUCCACUGUACAGUAUCGCCUUGCUCUUCUGACACAAAUAUAGGUUCUACCAAGUACUAUUACUGCUGACCUUAGUCUCCUGUCGGAUAAAAUUCAUUCCCAAUCAUCGAGUUUACUUUGUAACCUGUUAGCUACUAAGCUCUACUCACUGUCUACGCACUUCCAUCUGGAAAAGCAGGUAGCGUCCCCUCCGCAGUCUCCGCUUUGCUGCAGGGCACCCUCAGUCUCCUGUCCGAUAAAAGUGAUUCUUCAUCGUUAAGCCACUGCUCUGUACGCGAGCAGAUUUUGUCAACGUGUGAGCAUUCAUGGCUAGAAAUAGAAAAAUAAAUGUUUUAUCGCUGCCCUUAGUCUCCUGUUGGAUAUAUUUCAUUCUCUGUCAUAGAUUUUAGUUUAUCAGCUGGUACAUAUUUAGCUCUACUGACACUUUUCCACUGGCAAAACCAGGCACUAUUCCUGGUAGCUGGUCAGUUGGGCUAGCCGAAGUAUUAUUAGUCGAGCAGAAAAAUUACACAAAUAAAUGCACAUGCGUAGCGUCACUGUGCAGCAUUAUAAUGCAAAGUCUCAGUUUUUCCACAGCGUGCCCUCAUUCUCCUCAGAUUUGUCAACGUUCACUUCUAGAAAUAGCAAAAAUAAACAGACAUGCUAACGUUAGCGUACACUGUUGCCUUUUUCGCCACUUUGCUGCAGCGCUGUCGGGUAAAAUCGGUUCGUUUGUUAGCUCGUCUCGUUGCGACUGGAGCGUUCGAUGCAGUGCGGUUUUCACAGUUUUACCACAGUACUACGACUACCCUACAUACGGCCCAAAACUAAGACAGGUAAAGCCGGUUCUGUGCAGUGGAAACCUUUUCAAGUAGGGGCUUGUUUGUUUUUUGAAUUAUUUUUCCUGUUGCUUUGAUUUUGGCUUUUGCGAAAAUGACUUUCAUAUGGUUCCUGAUCGAUAAAAAUGUUGCCUUAUUAUUAACUCUCUUUUUUUAAAUUCCUGCCUGUGGCUGUGUGAACUUACUGUAGGAGGUGUCUGACACCAACUGGACAUGAUGAUACACGGUUAUAGUUUGCAUUAAAGGUCCCAUAUUUUACCAAACCAACUUUUUCUAGUAUAUGGGAUGUAAUAUUGUCUCUGUGGUGCUUCAGCAAAGAUGUGAAAUAUGAAUCAAAAUUGUCUACGCAUUCCUGAGUUCGUUUUUUUCGCCGAGUCAUUCGAAUUUCUUGAGCUUAUCUAUGUCACGAGCGAAUAUCUCCGCCUACCUCUCAGCUCCCGAGCCAGCGCUGUCAACAUAACAAACACGCAUUCUCUCACAAGUGGGUUUUCUAGACAGAGGCAACCAAGGUAAGGGGCGGUCUUAGCCAAAUAUGGACAAAGCGGAUACAAAACUAGGUCAAACAGAAGUAGCUGUCAGAGGGGCCUUUUCUGGACACUCAUAUGACAAAACCAAGUUGUGUUUUUAAAUGAAAUGGACACUUUUAUACUAAGUCCAUGUUAGAGAGUCACUCUAUGGAGGCCUAAAUAGCCACAAUAUGGGACCUUUAAAAUGGGGCAGAACCACUAACGACACAUUCUGUGGCUCGCUUGUCUAGCUAGCGUUUUGCUAAUUUUACAGAUUUUAUUUUUAUUUUAUUUUUACAUUUCAGCAGACACAUUAUUCUAUGUUGGAAAAAAAAGACUUGAACUCUUUUGGAUAGAACCACUGUCUUGUUUGUGGAAAAAUAUUAAUUUAUUAUUAUACCAAACCAUCUUUUAUGGGGGCUUUGACUGAAAAAAAUGUCUACCUUGCUUAAAAAGGCAAAACUUAGUGAAUUAAUUAAUGCAGUAAUUUAAGAAUGUGUGUUUGUGUGUGUUACUUAAUGUCAGUUAAUGUUUGUGUGUUCCAUGAAAAUAAAAGUAAUCUCUUCA